AUGGACAACACUGCCAUCAAUGACAAUGAAAGGCUUAUGCAUCUGCAAACUUUCCCAGGUGAAUAUUCACGCCAGGUGGAGGAGAAAGAUGCUCUGAUUUCUCAGCUAUCAAGAGGCAAGCAGGCGUUCACCCAACAGAUUGAGGAACUCAAGAGGCACUUAGAAGAAGAGAUAAAGGCCAAGAACGCCUUGGCCCACGCCUUGCAGUCUGCUCGCCACGACUGUGACUUGCUCCGGGAACAAUAUGAGGAGGAGCAGGAAGCCAAGGGAGAGCUGCAGCGUGCCCUGUCGAAAGCCAACAGCGAAGUGUCCCAGUGGAGAACCAAAUAUGAGACAGACGCUAUUCAGCGCACAGAGGAGCUGGAGGAGGCCAAGAAGAAACUGGCACAGCGCCUGCAGGAUGCAGAGGAACACGUUGAAGCUGUGAACGCCAAAUGUGCUUCCCUGGAAAAGACAAAGCAGAGGCU